AUGUUACCAAAACUAGUAGUAGCAUUAGCUGCUGUCGCUGCGACAGUCGCCCAUGCGAAGACGAUUUUCCGUGAGACGUUUGACGACGAUGAGUGGGAAAGCCGUUGGAUCUCAUCGACAUGGAAACCUGCGUCGGAAGUAGGCAAGUUUGAGCAGGUGACGGGCAAGUACUAUAUAAAUGAAGAUGACAAGGCGAUUAAGACUAGUGAAGAUGCACGAUUUUAUGCUCUUACGUCCAAGUUUAAACAGCCAUUUAAUAACAAGGGCAAGGACUUGUACCUUUCGUAUUUGGUCCAGCAUGAGCAGAAUUUGGACUGUGGUGGAGCGUACAUUAAGCUCUUACCUGCUGAUUUGGAUCAGACGACGUUUGGUGGUGAGUCACCGUAUGCAGUUAUGUUUGGUCCAGACAUUUGCGGUGUGACGAAGAAGACACACGCGAUUCUUAACUAUGCGCGUCCUGGCAAGGAAGCUGUGAACAUGGACAACAAGGACACGAUCCGUGCCGAGUCGGAUUCAGAUCCUCAUCUGUAUUCAUUUGUGCUCAAGCAAGAAAAUACGUACGAGGUUAAGAUUGACGGCAAGAGCAUUAAGAAUGGCACACUGGCUGAGGAUUGGCCGUUCCAGCCGGAUAAGCAGAUCAAGGACCCAGACCAAUCGAAACCCAAGGAUUGGGUCGACGAAAAACAAAUUCCGGACCCGGAAGACAAGAAGCCAGCUGGCUACGACGACAUUCCAAAGACCAUUCCUGACCCGGACGCUGUAAAGCCUGAGGAUUGGGAUGAUGAGGAUGAUGGAGAGUGGGAGCCAGCCAUGAUUGAAAACCCUGAAUACGAGGGAGAGUGGAAGCCAAAGAUGAUUGACAAUCCGGAGUACAAAGGCGAGUGGGAGCACCCGCUUGUGGACAAUCCUGAGUACUUUGAAGACGAGUCGUUUUACAACGUAGUAAAGAACGUGGGUGCUAUUGGUUUUGAUUUGUGGCAAGUGGCAAGCGGCACUCUAUUCGACGACAUUUUGCUGACGGACAGCGAGGAAGAGUUCACUGUUCACGAGGAUGCGGUGAUGGAAAAGGUGGAGGCCAUGUUGAAGAAGAAGAAAGAAAUUCAGGAUGAGGAGAAGAAGGAGGCGGAGGCCAAGGCUAAAGAAGAGGAGGCCAAGGCUAAAGAAGAGGAGGCCAAGGCGAAGGAAGCGGAAGAUAAUGAGGAAGCGGAUGAUACUGAGGAAGCGGAUGACAAAGAUGCAUCCAAGGACAAGGAGAAGAAGGAAGAAACUGCUGAAGACGCGGAGGAGUCUGAGGUUGCUGACCAGGCCGAGAAGGACGAGUUGUAG